GCACGACUCGCCAGACUCUACCCACUGACGACCCACGAUGGCACGAAGAGAUAGAUCCUAUUCGCCGGACUCGCCGAAUAAGAGGGUAAGGCCGUCUCACCGCUCUUCACCGCGGUCUCCGUCGCCGACCAGGCGCAACGCCCCAAGACCCACUAGAUCGAGGUACGACGACGACCGGGACCGUGAUGGGCACCGGGACCGGGACAGGGACAGGGAGCGCGACAGAGAGCGGGAUAGGGACAGAGCCAGAGACAAGGAUAGGGAGCGCGAGCGUGAAAGGGACCGGGACCGGGACGGACAUCGCGACAGAGACAGGUAUCGCGACGAUAGGCAUCGGGACGACCGCCGCCGCGACUAUCGCGACGACCGUCGCCGCUCACGCUCGAGGGACCGCGUACGCCACGACAGACCUCCUUCCCCGCCUCGUACCCAGCCGCCGUCUCAGCCCGAUAGCAAGAGCUCGACACCCCCGGUAGAGGACGAGAAGCUGAAGGCGAAGAGGGCGAGGCUAGAAGCGUGGAAGAAGGAGCGUGAUGCGAAGAAGGCAUUGGAUGAGGCGAAAGUCAAGGCUAUGGCGCUGGCUGGUAAAACUGCCCCAGUUGCUGCAGCAACGAACGGGCCGACUGGCUCGCAGCUCAACCGCUCAGCUCUGACCAGUCUCGGUUUGAAGGGUCUCCCCUUGAAGCCUGAGCUGCUCAAGACGUCUAAGUCAUCACUGCUCGAUGAUUCCGUUGAAACAAAACGGAAGCUCCAGACGCUUGACCUCCCCGAUGUGGAUAUGACGAUGACUGACGCAGGGUCCAACAUUGGCGACCUUGAAGCGGACGACGAUGACGACGCAACCACCACACAAGCCAAGGUUGCUGAAGCCAUGGACGAGGACGAUGAGAUCGACCCCCUCGACGCGUUCAUGAGUGGCGUCAAGGAGGAGGUGAAGAAGGUGAACUUGGAGGAUCUGAAGAAGAUGAAGACGACAGGCAGCCUUGGAGUUCGCUUAGACGAGCCCGGGGCCGAUGAGGGAGAUGAACAAGGACCUGAUCCUGACGAGCUCGAUGCGACGGACCUCAAUCCGGAAGAUAUUCUUGCUUUGGCCGCGAAAAAGGCGAAGAAGAAAGACCUGGCUGCUGUUGAUCACUCCCGCGUCGCUUACGAGCCCUUCCGCAAGGAGUUUUACGUUGCUCCACCGGAUGUUGCUGAGAUGACUGACGAAGAGGCGGAGCUACUGCGUCUCGAGCUUGAUGGUAUCAAAAUCCGUGGGCUUGACUGCCCUCGACCAGUUACCAAGUGGAGCCACUUCGGCCUGCCCGCAUCAUGUCUCGAGGUCAUCAAGAAACUUGGGUACGCCGCUCCCACACCCAUCCAGGCUCAAGCUAUCCCUGCGAUAAUGUCUGGCCGUGAUGUCAUUGGUGUGGCCAAGACGGGCUCAGGCAAGACUAUUGCGUUCCUGCUCCCCAUGUUCCGUCAUAUUAAGGAUCAGCGACCGCUCGAGCAGAUGGAGGGUCCUGUCGCUGUGGUCAUGACCCCUACUCGUGAGCUCGCGGUGCAAAUACACAGGGAGUGUAAGCCCUUCCUCCGCGUUCUUGGUCUUCGCGCUGUGUGUGCGUAUGGUGGCUCUCCCAUCAAAGAUCAGAUUGCUGAGAUGAAGAAGGGCGCCGAGAUCAUCGUCUGUACACCCGGACGUAUGAUUGACCUUCUGACAGCCAACUCAGGUCGCGUCACCAAUCUCAAACGUGUCACUUACCUGGUCCUGGACGAGGCCGAUCGUAUGUUUGACAUGGGCUUCGAGCCUCAGGUCAUGAAGAUCGUUAACAAUAUCCGACCCGACCGCCAGACCGUCCUCUUCUCUGCGACCUUUCCGCGGCAGAUGGAUUCGCUCGCGCGCAAAAUCCUUCGCAAGCCCCUCGAAAUCACCGUCGGUGGUCGGUCGGUCGUCGCCCCGGAGAUCGAGCAAAUUGUCGAGGUUCGUGACGAGGAGAGCAAGUUCAAUCGCCUGCUGGAGAUCCUCGGACAGACCUACAACGAGGACCCUGAGUGUCGAACGCUCAUCUUCGUCGACAGGCAAGAGGGUGCUGACAAUCUCCUCCGCGAGCUCAUGCGCAAAGGCUACCUUUGCAUGUCCUUGCACGGUGGUAAGGACCAGGUCGACCGAGACUCUACGAUUGCGGACUUCAAGUCCGGAGUCGUACCCAUCGUCAUCGCGACCUCUGUCGCAGCUCGUGGUCUGGAUGUCAAGCAGCUCAAACUCGUAAUCAAUUACGACGCCCCGAACCACAUGGAGGAUUACGUCCACCGCGCCGGUCGCACAGGCCGUGCUGGCAACAAGGGAACAUGCGUGACGUUCAUCACGCCAGAGCAGGACAGAUACUCAGUUGACAUCUAUCGUGCGCUGAAAGCGAGUAACGCAGCGGUACCCAAGGAACUCGAAGAUCUCAGCAAUGGCUUCCUGGAGAAGGUCAAGUCCGGGAAAGCUAAAGUCGCCGGCUCCGGAUUUGGAGGCAAGGGUCUUGACCGUCUUGAGCAGGAGCGCGACGCCAAGGAGAAGGCGGAGCGUAAGGCGUACGGUGAGCCCGAGGAAGAGAAGCAACAACAGGAAGCCGCAGUCGAGACCAAGAAGGAAGGCGACGACAUGACCUUCGGCAACUUCAAGGUCGAAGUGAAGCGCGGUCCAGCCCCCGACUCUUCGAAGGGUCUUCUCGGUGUGGCAGGUGCGGCAGCGGCCGCAAGGCGACUCGCGCAGGCCAAGGAAGAAGAGAAGCUUCAGAAUUCUCUUCGUGCAGCGCAGGAGGCAGCCGAGCGCGCAGGGAAGGACACUGCGGCGCAUAAGCAGGCUUUGAGUGUGGUCGCCAAGCUCAACGCCCAGUUGCGGGCGCACAAGCUCGUGGCGCAGUCGCAAAUACAGCACGAAGAGCUGACCAGCAAGCGGCCCGCGAUAGACGCGACCGAGUUCCACGCGAUCAUCCCGAUCAACGACUACCCCCAGAAGGCAAGGUGGCGCGUCACAAACAAGGAGACGAUGGUCCAGCUCAUCGAUAUGACGGGCGCAUCGGUGACGAACAAAGGCAUCUACUACGAGCCUGGGAAGGAACCUCCGCCAGAAGGGCCACCCAAGCUGCAUUUGCUCAUUGAAUCGAACGAGGAGUGGAGGGUCGAACAAGCCGUCAGAGAGAUCAAGCGGUUGCUGGUGGAGGCGUCGGCUGCCGCUCUGCAAGCGGAGAUGCGCAACCCUACCGCCACCGCGGGCAGAUACAGCGUCGUAUGAGUUCGGUUAUUUGAUAGUAUGGACUCGAUAUGCUUUGUACAUACACAGCUGCGGCGUUGUUGAAGGAUCACACUCGUUUAUCGUGAUCAGUUGAAG